AUGGUGUCCGAAAAGCCCAGAAUCGUGAUAAUUGGUGCAGGAAUGGCUGGCCUAACUGCUGCUAACAAGCUCUACACAAGCUCGAAAGAGCUUUUCGAGCUUUUGGUUGUGGAGGGUGGAACAAGAAUUGGCGGCAGAAUUAACACUUCCGAAUUUUGUGGUGACAGGAUUGAGCUAGGUGCCACUUGGAUCCAUGGAAUUGGGGGCAGCCCAGUUCACAAAAUUGCUCAAGAAAUCAAUUCAUUAGAAUCUGAGCAGCCAUGGGAAUGUAUGGGUGGGAUUUUGGAAGAUCCUUUGACCAUAGCCGAAGGAGGGUAUGAGCUUAAUCCAUCAUUUGUUGAGUCUAUUUCUAGCCUUUUCAAAAAUCUGAUGGAAUUAGCUCAAGGGAAAAUGAUUGAUGAAGAUGGCGAAAUCGUUGAGCGUAUGAAGCAAGCUGCAGCCUUAACUGCAGGAAAUCUCAGCGUUGGUUCUUUUCUCCGGCAAGGUCUGGAUGCUUAUUGGCGCAUAACUAAUGAUGAAAAUCUGGACGUCAAUGGAGUUGGUAAUUGGAGUGGAAAAUCACUCCAAGAAGCUAUUUUUGCAAUGCAUGAGAACACGCAAAGGACUUUUACAUCGGCCGGUAAUUUGCACACUCUUGAUUACAAUGCAGAAAGUGAGUACAAGAUGUUUCCUGGUGAAGAAAUAACUAUUGCAAAAGGUUACUUGAGUGUGAUUCAAUCACUGACUUCUGUAUUACCGGCUGGUUUGAUCCAGUUAGGCCUGAAAGUGGUAAAAAUCGAAUGGCAGCCUGAGACGAAGAAGAACAUGGAGAUUAACAACGGAUGGCCAGUUAAGCUACAUUUUUCUGAUGGAUCAACUAUGUAUGCUGAUCAUGUAAUUGUUACUGUUUCGCUUGGAGUUCUUAAGCAAGGAAUUCGACAAGAUUCUGGAUUGUUUAGCCCCUCAUUGCCUAGUUUCAAAACAGGAGCAAUUUCAAGGCUGGGGUAUGGUGUCGUUGACAAGAUGUUUUUGCAAGUAAGUAACUCAAAUGAAGAUCAAGAAAUCAAUGGUUGCAACCCAAAAUUUCCAUUGUUGCAAAUGGUUUUUCAUCAAUCAGAUUCCAAUUUCAGGCACACAAAAAUCCCUUGGUGGAUCAGGAGAACUGCUUCUCUAUCUCCAAUUUACAGUAAUUCAAGAGUCUUAUUAUCAUGGUUAGCAGGCAAAGAGGCCCUUCAUCUUGAAUCCCUCAAUGAUGAAGAGAUUCUAAAUGGGGUUUCCACAACUGUCUCCAACUUGUUAUCCCAUAACUUGUGUUAUUCUGCAGGAAUUCCUCAACCAAAAUUUGAUAAAGUUUUGAGGACAAAAUGGGGCACUGAUCCUCUCUUCUUGGGAUCAUAUAGUUAUGUGGCUGUCGGAUCAAGUUGCGACGAUUUGGAUUCUCUGGCCGAGCCAUUACCAAAUGAUUCAUCGUCGUCGUCCUUGUCAUCUCCACUGCAAAUUCUGUUUGCAGGAGAAGCAACACACAGAACACAUUAUUCAACUACUCAUGGAGCUUACUUUAGUGGUCUCAGAGAAGCUAAUAGGCUUCUUAAACACUAUAAUUGUAUUGGUGUAUGA